AUGGGGAUACGCGAUCUUAUUAAAAAGAAAGAUCAAUUAGAUGGUGGUGGUCAUGGCGGCGGCGUAGAUCGCGAAACUUUAGAUAGACUCGCCGGACCCGAGUUUACCUUCAUACGGUCUGAUACAACCACUCAAGAGAUCAUUCAUCCUCCGAGUUACCCAAGAAGUUCUAACGGCGAUAACAAUUACCUAACAGCCAAAGAAGCCGUAACGUCCCCUUCGAAGACGCGCCGUAGUCUUGACGUCUUCAGGCCGCGAUCGCGGGGCAGCAGCACAUCCUCGGUUCAAAAUGACGGCUCUUCGCGCAAUCAACCCAGUGGUCACCACCGCCUAUCACAGCGUCUGCACCUGUCUAAAGCCCCGCCUACGUCCGACUACGUGCCCGAAAAUCUACCGCAAAUCAACGUCUCGGCCGAAGAUGGAUCGGGUGGCGGCCAAGGAGGAGUCGGAGGGGCGGGUGUAGACAAGGACGCAUACGAGGGACAGUGGGAGAAGAGAGCGACGAUAUUAGCCGAAGCGAACGAGAGAGGGCAACGCCGGGGCAGCAGGUCGCCUGGUGUCGUGUCGCCGUCUCGGUCGCCAUCUCCUUCUCCCUCGGCAGAAUUAGCUGGGCUGCGGCUGCGCGAUGACGGAGGAAACGGAAACGGACACAAGACGGACGGCGUGGUCUCGUCAAAGGUGAUAGACGACAACAUUCAGGAAGCUAUCCGAUUGCAUGAGGAUGGGCAGCUCGACCAGUCUACGCGGCUGUUUGGGCGUCUGGCCGAUCCCCAGGGCGCGAAUAAUCCCCUAAGCCAGGUUCUUUACGGUCUUGCUCUAAGGCACGGCUGGGGUUGCGAUCCAGAUCCCGAACGAGCUAUCACUUACCUGUCGGCGGCAGCGUCGAAUGCGGCAGCGGUCGAGAGCAUGGCGCUACAGGCGGGCCUAAAGAAAGGAGGUGCCGCUAAGGGAGAACUCGUCCUGGCCAUCUUCGAAUUGGCGAAUUGCUUCCGCCACGGCUGGGGCAUACCGCGAGAUCCAGUCGCUGCUAAGCAGUACUACGAAACAGCGGCCAACCUUGGAGAUACUGAUGCCAUGAAUGAAGUCGCCUGGUGCUAUCUGGAGGGUUUCGGAUGCAAGAAAGACAAGUAUGCUGCAGCAAGGUACUACCGUCUGGCGGAAGAGAACGGCAAUAAAACGCUAGGAAAUACAUGCCUUUAUUUUCUCUUGGCAAACCCUUUCUCCUUUGUUGUUUCGUCCCGUACGUCGGCGGCACAGCAAAAGCUACGAGACCCCGGCCGUUGCGGGUGA